GCCGUUGGGGGCGUGACGACGCAUCCGCUUUCCGGCAGCUACAGUUCACGUGCGGCAGCGGCGGAUCUUCUGCUAAGAGCUGCCAUGGCCGAGCCGGGGACUUUGAACCUCAAUAAUGAGGUUGUGAAGAUGAGAAAAGAAGUGAAGAGAAUCCGAGUUUUGGUUAUCCGAAAACUUGUCAGGAGUGUUGGCAGACUGAAGUCAAAAAAGGGUACCGAAGAUGCACUGUUAAAAAACCAAAGACGAGCACAACGAUUGCUCGAAGAAAUUCAUGCCAUGAAGGAGUUGAAACCUGAUGUAGUAACUAAAUCUGCUCUUGGUGAAGAUAUCAACUUUGAAAAAAUCUGCAAAAAGCCUGAUUCGACUGCUGCUGAAAGAGCAGUUGCUAGACUAGCAGUGCACCCUCUUCUGAAGAAAAAAAUUGAUGUGCUAAAAGCUGCUGUCAAAUCCUUUAAAGAUGCAAGACAAAAUGUUGUUGAAGUUAAGUCAUCAAACAGUGCUUCAGAAGAAAAUCAUUCCAAGGACACUUUGUGUUCAAAUGAUGAUGCCAGUAAGUUACAGCAUGAAGGAACUAUUAUCCAUGAACAAAAAGAGAAGGAAGCCAAAAUAUUGGCAAAGAAACCAAUAAAUAAUUCAAAAGAAAAAAUAGCCAAGAUGGAUCAUGGACCCAAAGCAAUGGACAUCCCAAAUUCUCUAUCAAAGCCUUCCGAAAAAGAUUCUGCAGCUCCCUCAGCAUCCCAGAAGACACCUUCUGACCCCAAAAUGAAAGCAUUAAGUAAAACCAAAAAAAUGAAAGAGUCCAGUAGCUCACUUGAUGUUGACAGUGAUGGAGAAGAAUUAUAUGAAGAACAGAAGGAAUAUUUUGAUGAUAGCACAGAAGAAAGGUUUUACAAACAGUCUUCCAUGUCUGAGGAUAGUGAUAGUGGUGAUGACUUCUUCAUUGGGAAAGUCAAACGGGCACGAAAGAAGGAAAGUAGUUGUCGUUUCUCAGAUAAGGAACAAAACCCCCCCAAAAAAUUGUUACUUGAAGAAGAUAAACUUGAAACCCAUCAAAAUUUACAAAAUGAUAAAAACAAGCCACGUACAGAGGCAAGGAGGUUUGAAUCAGUGUUUUUCCAGUCUUUAUCUGGAUCUAAAAGCCUUGAGAGAAAUCACAGAGAACAGGUUCCAAGAGGCAAAACUCUGGAUUUUCAGCACAUUGAACCUCAGAUCAAGAGUCAGUUUAAUAAGAAAGCACAAAGAGGAUUUGAAAAUACAAAACAGAAAUCACAGCUGCCUCUUCAUCCUUCAUGGGAAGCCAGCCGGCGGCGAAAAGAACAGCAAUCCAAAAUUGCUGUGUUUCAGGGGAAAAAAAUUACCUUUGAUGAUUGAACAGUACUAUAUUUUUGUCAACUUCUCUGUCUAAAUUUGAUUUUCUUCUUAUUUUUUAAACUAGCUCAUUAUUAAAAUAUAUAUUUAAGUAAGUCUCUGAAUGGGUUAUAGACAUGAGUUGGUUUUGUCUUUAUUUUUUUAAGUGUGUUCGUGUUACGUUUAAGCUUCUGUAGAUCAAGUACAUACUUAAUUUUGAAUAUGUCUUGACUGUUGUCCCUCUAUAAAAGAAUUUGGAGAUGAUAGCUAUCCCAGAUUUUCUCAUUUGGUUUUUUCAUGAAGUAUAUUUCACUAUGUCAGCUCUGUGUUUCUUUACUUUGAAAAUAAAUGUUGAGUGAUAUUUGAAAUAAUAAUGCAAAAAUAUGAGGAAAGUGUAGCUAUUUAAAACAGACUAUUUUUACUGGAAGUUACUCCUGUUAGCAAAACUAAGAUGAUAACUUUUAUUAUGGGUAUACAGAUAAUAAGGUAUAUAAGUAAAUAUUAGUUUUUAUUAUAGUUUUAAUUAUUUGUGAUUUUUUAGUUUUUGACUGUUUAAAAUAGUUUCAGGGAAAUUUUUGGAUUUUACGUUUAGUCAUUUGGGCAGCAUUCAUGUUCAAAUGUUGCAACCAACCAAAAAAAUGGUUUUACUGCAUAUAAAAUUUCUGUCAAAUCAUAAA